UCAACGAGCCGAGUUAGUUUGAUCAGUUCUCAAUAACAGACAGCAGCUACAAUGUUUUACUAUCCCACCGUUUUACAACACCGGACUGGAUGUUUCUCUACAAUAUGGCUGGCAGCUACAAAAUGUACCAAAAUUCCUCGGAGGGACUAUCUCAAAGUCAAUGUCCAACGCACCUGCAACGACGUCAUGGACUACGUGAUGGUGAGGGUGCCGCCCCUCCAGCCAGGCCUGCCCCGCCCCCGCUUCUCCCUGUACCUCUCCUCCCAGCUGCAGUAUGGCAUCGUCAUCAUCUUCCACCGUCAGUGCGUCAUUCUGCUGGAGGAGAUCCAGCACACCAUAGACAGGCUGCUCCGCACUGGGAGGCAGUCGAGGAUCGACCUGGAGGAGCCUGGCAGGCUGGCUCUGAAUCUGCCUGAUAACCUGGCUCUCCUGGAGGAGGCAGAGAUGGCUCAGGACCCCUUCUUUGGGAUGAUGGAGUAUCUGCUGCCCAGUCCCAGUACACUGAUGCAGCGCUUGCAGGCUGCUGAGGUAGUCUCCCCACAGCGCCCCCUGGUGAGGAGCCCUGGAACACCACACAGGGAUGCCAUCACUGCAUCCCCCGAGUCCAUCACGUUGAAAGAGACAGAGGCUGUAGUGAUUCCAGAAGUGGAGUUCGAGGGGGUGGAGCUGCCAGAGGUUGUUCCCAGACACAUGGAAAUCAUUGACAUUCUGAUGGAGCAGGAGGACCAUUUUCCUGAAGGUGAGAGACAGCUCAGAGUCACGACACUGGCUGGCGAGGACCUUGUGUUGCUGCCAGAGGAGGAGGAGGCGGGGCUGCCCAUCCAGGUGCCUGUGCCAGCCCCCGUAGAGACAACUCCUGUAUCCAUGCCACCGCUGCCCUCCCCUCCAGAAGCAGUGAGGGAGGAGGCCGAGGAGGAGAUAGAGCCUGAGCCUGAGCCGGAGCCUGCCCCGAGGAGGCGGCCACGCCGACGCCAGCUGCUCUUCAUAGAUACACAGACCCAGAUUCCUCAAGAUGAGCUGCAGAGAAUGAUCCAGGACCCACUGACUGAGACCCAGCCCCUGGUGCUGUUCGAGCCUCAUCCUAGAAUACCUCCAGCGGAGCUCCUCAACAAUCCCUGCACCCCCCUGCACCCCGAUAUCCUGUCUCUAUGGAAACGGGGUGCGGUUAUCACCCCCCUCCCGAGCCCAGUUGCCAUAAAAAGAGUGAGGGAGCCAGAGAAAGAGAGUGAGGGCGAGGAGGUCAGCUCAAAGGAGGUACCCAGAGAGUUGGCGGAGUCUGAAUUGGCUCAAGCUGAAGUGUCAGCUGCUGUGCCAGUUCCGAUUGAGCCGAUGCUGGAGGUGUCUGACAGGGACGUGUCCCAACUGGUCACUCCAGAGAGCAGAGGGAUGAUUUCAGAGCCCCUCAAGGAGCGAGGGGAAGUGUCCUUUGACUCUCUGCUGCCCCCUCUGGCUGACCGCAGCACUGUUGCCAGUUCUUUCUUCUCACUUCUGGAGUUGGUUUCUACAAUGAAACUCACUGCACAACAAGAGGAACCUUAUGGCACCAUUACCAUUUUACCAGGACCUCUGUAUGAGUCAGAGGGGGAAUGA